AUGGGUGUACCCGGUCUUUGGGAUAUUCUCCGUCCUGCCGGAAAAGUUCGCUCGCUCACGGAAAUUUCUGUCGUAGAAGGAUUCGAAGCAAAUGUCGGUGGCCACCGCGGGUUUCGUAUCGGGAUAGAUGCGAGUAUAUGGUUCUUUCACGCUGCGUAUGGGAGGGAGGGUGAAAACCCGGAGCUCAGAACGCUCUUCUUCCGCUGUUGCCGACUCAUGAACAUGCCGUUCCUACCCCUAUUCGUGUUCGACGGUCCGAAAAGGCCCUCUGUCAAGCGGGGAAAGCGCGUAUCUGGAAAUGCGCACUGGCUAACUACUGGCAUGAAGAACAUUAUUGAAGCUUUUGGAUUUGAAUGGAGAACGGCUCCUGGAGAAGCAGAGGCCGAACUGGCAUAUCUUAACCGCAUAGGCGUGAUCGACGCUAUCUUGUCGGACGAUGUCGACAACUUUUUGUUCGGCGCCACCAUGGUGAUUCGCAACCCCAGCAAUACCUUGUCUGGCAACAAAGCUCACCCUGUCAAGAACUCCGCUGGAAGAGACGAUGGUAAUCAUUCCGUCGUAUACAAAUCCGAGGAUUUCCUAGACCACCCCGACAUAGGCCUUACGCAAGGAGGCCUCAUCCUGAUCGGUCUACUCAGCGGAGGAGACUACCAUCAAGCCGGUCUCGCACGCUGUGGCCCCGGUACCGCACGAGGCCUCGCCAAGUGCGGAUUUGGAGACAGUCUCCUAGAAGCCCUCGAUCGGCUUCCGAGGGAGAAACUCCCGGACUUCUUGAAAGUCUGGCGACAGCAGAUCCGGGAUGAGCUGAAGACUAACUCGCAGGGACACCUGGGGCGGAAAAAUCCCUCCCUUGCGAAGUCCGUGCCGGAGGACUUCCCCGACAUCGAGAUUCUGCUGUCGUACGCCAGGCCCAUCACGUCCGAAAGCGAAGGUAAAUCUGUCAAGGUCAGGUGGACCAGGGAGCCUGACCUUAGUAAGAUUGCUGGACUCUGCGAACUGUACUUCGAAUGGGGCGUCAAGGAUAUCAUCAUUAAGCGCUUCCGAACCGUCCUGUGGCCGUCUGCAGUCUUGCGUAUACUGCGUCGUGCUGCGUUGGACGCAGACGAAAGGGCAGUCUUACCCUCAACGCCCAGGAAGAAGAGCGGGCACAGGCCACCGAUCGGGACUCCUUCGUCUAUGAUUGCUAAGCAUUUCUCUUCUAUGCAGCUGAACUCACCAUCUCGGGGCGAAUCUGAUGACGAGGACGGGGACGAGGACGAGGACGAGGACGAGGAGCGUCUGAUCGUGAAGAUACACUCCACUCGCGCCCAUGCUUCUACGGAUGGUAUCCUAGAGUACCGUCUGGAGAUCGCACCAGCACAGCUGGUUCGUCUUAGCGCAGCGGGUGUCAAAGGUAUACGGCCGGUGGAAGCUGUCACCUGCCAAUCCGACGAAGAUGAUGACGAAGGGGACGAAGAUGACGCUCCGAAGGGCAAAGGAGGUAAGAAAGCGCCACCGGACCCUGAGAGUCAUCUCAGGGUCUGGAUGCCUGCCUCGAUGGUCAAGUUAGCGGAGCCUCACAUAGUCGAGGAAUACGAGGCAGUCCAGCAGAAGAAAGCCGAUAAGAAGUCGAAAGGGCGCAACGCGAGCAGCAGCGCAGGGAUCAAGUCGAAAGCUGCGCCCAAGGCCCCUGCCCGGCGCGAAGGACAUGAAAGCCCGUCUACGCCGUCUAAGGCGAGACCUAAAGCUAGUACCUCCAGGAAGGUCUUAUCGUCGAAGGACAGACAUGUCUUCGAUAUAAGUGACAGUUCCGGAGAUCACCUCUCUGCUAGGGUCGAGGCCACCGAGUCCCCUGUAGGCUCAAAGUCGGGAAGUGGAUCCCGACGACGCUUGGCGAAGCCUAGAGUCGACAUAGUCGAAGAGGACGAGAGCUCAGGAUCAGAAGACAUUAUCGUUGGACGCGCGGCAGCUAGUGCUACGACAUCGAAGAAGUCAGGGGUGUCUUCAAAGCAGAAGACCCUCGUGGACCUUCAUCCCGUGACGCAAGGCAGCAGACAUCGUACCGCCUCCGCCUCCGCCUCCGCCUCCAAGGGAGGCGAGUCCCGACGCACUGCGUCUCGACAGGUCCCAUUACUGCAGGAAGAGGAGUGCGGCAGUGAGACGUACGAUCUCGCUCCUGUCAUCAAGCCUCGAGGGUUGGGUUUCCAGCCAAGACCACCUCCAUCUUUACCUCGCACGGAAGAAGAUCAGAGCGACUCUGAGGCGCACACACUCGCGUCUCUCAGAAGUCCUCGCAAAACGGGGCGCAGUCGAGUCUCCACGACCGAUUCUGACACUGACCGCAAGUCACCUCGGAGCUCAACCAGUCAUUCGUCGCCCCAUUCAAGGCAAACCAAGAACCGACAUGAGGAGCGGAGACCUGUAUCCCCUUCACCUCGAGGGAAAUCUGGUACCCGGUCGCUGAAGCCCAAGCAACCACCUGCAGCUGCGUCCGAGGUGAUCGACGUCUCUAGCGACUCCGAUAUUCCCGAGCCUCGUAUGCUAUUAGCCCCGCUGCUGAUGGCUAAGGCGAGGCAACGCCCCGCUGCUUCCAAACCUAGUGCAGUUCAGUCUAAACCCAAGAUGCACAUCCGCUCAGAUAUUAUCAUCGAUCUAACGUAGUUGUAUUUUACCAUCCUGUCCUCUCGACAUCGGCUUACGCC